AUGAGCGGGAUAACGAUCGCUCAUAGGGCGUCCUCGUUCAAAUCUAUCCCCUCGGUGGCGUCCAUGGGGAAUAUGAGCGAGAUCUCGUUCGCGAGUGCAGAGACGGCGGAUGAACGAGACGCCGAGGAGAUCAAAGAUGCGGUUUCAUCGAUGUUGGCAUCCGACAAGGCCAUGUUCGUGAAAGAGCUCACGGAGGGGAAAUUCGCGGCGACGGCGAUCUGUCACGGGUUAGGGGACGUCGCGAGCGAAGUUCGAGAGGCGGCGUUGAUGGUUGGCAGGGCGGCGCUGAGUGAAGUUGACGGCGACGGAUCGAAGUACGUCGAGGCUCUGGAGGCGUAUCUGCAGUCGCAGUGCGGUGGUGAGCCGGGUAGCCACGCCGAGGAUAACACUAGGGGCGGUAUAAUCGCCCUGUACGGACACGCGGCUCAGGUGUUUUGCGACGAUGAGGGUAAAGUGCGAGCCAUAGAGAAAAUCGUGUCGGCACUCUCUGGGGUCAAGGAUAACGGCGCGUUCAUCGGGGCUCGAUCGAUCGGGAACUUGGCGGCCGAUGUGCGCGAGCGUGCGAUUGAGAUGUUGAUCGGGUUCAAGGCGCUCGCGCUCGAGAGCGAUGACGUGAUCGAGCGCAGACGAGGGGCGGCAGCCAUGGCGGGCGUCACCAAGGGUGUGGGCCUUGCGCCGCUCAUUGCCUCGGAUGUCAUCGGCGCCGUGAAGCGAGCGAUCGAGGAUAAGAAGAAUCCGAUCGCGCGCGCAGGCGCAUUGCUGACGUACGCGCAUAUGUGCAGAACCGCCGGUCGCGGUUUCGAGCCGUACGCGAUCGGCGAGGCUCCGAUGGUAUUCACGCUUCAGGGUGACAGAAACAACGAGGUUCGCGAGGCGGCGCACUUGGCGCAAGCCGCCGUCGUCAAGGCUCUGCCGCUCACUGCGAUGAAACUUUUGUCGCCCUCGCUCGUGGCAGGGAUGCAGCACAAGGAUUGGCAGAGCAAACUUGGCUCACUGCACAUCAUGGGCGACUUGGCGAACAGGGUGCCGCAGUCGUUCAUGCGCACGCUCCCAGACAUCUUCCCAACCUUUUUGGAUUGCCUCUUCGACACCCAUCCCAAGGUGUCGGCGCUCGCUGAGGAAAUUUUACCGAGCAUGUGCUCGUGCGUGAAGAACGCCGAGGUGUUGGGGAUGCUCAAUCUCAUUCUGAGCGCCCUUCGUUCGCCGCAAAGCGAGACGGAGGUGUGCCUCGAUAAGCUCAUGGAGACGACGUUUGUGAACUCGAUGGACGCGCCGUCUCUCGCCGUCGUUUUGCCCGUCAUUUUACGUGGCUUGCGCGAGCGCACGAAAGAACUGAAGCAAAAGGCGGCGACGACGUUCGGGAACAUUUGCGCCCUCGUGGAUGAUCCGCGCGAUUUGAUUGCCUUUAUUCCCGUCUUGUUGCCAGAGUUGGAGAAAGCUGAGGAGCACUCGCACCCUGACCUACGCGAAGCGGCGACGCGAGCAAAGAAUAGUUUGCUCAAGGGCAUCGAUGCGAGCUCGUCGGAGAAGCGCAAAGAGGCGGGUGAAUUCGUGCAAGAGGCGAUCGAGAGCAGUGGCGUGAGCGUGGACGCUGAGACGCAAGCGUACGCGGCCGCGCUCGGCGGUUGGGUCAUGGAUUCGGCGCCGAUGCGAAUUCCUCCCGCGAUUUUGUCCAACGACAUCAAGCGGGAGUUGACGCCGAUUCUCGAGAGCUCGCUGGCGGAUCAGCUCGAUUUGAUCGAAAAGGUUUCCAACACGUCGGUGAUGCUCUACAAAGGUCUCGACGAAACCGCCAUGCAGGAUGAAAGCACUCACGACUACAUCGUCGACCUUCAGGGCAUCAUCCUCGCCUUUGCGGGGCGUGUGUUGCUUCAACGCACGAACUUCACGCUCGAGCGUGGUCGCACGUACGGCAUCGUUGGUCAAAACGGUACCGGUAAGACGACGCUGCUCAACCGCGUCGCCGCCAAGGAUAUCGCGGGCUUCCCAGCAGACGUCUCGGUGUACUACAUUCAGCACGAAAUCACGAGUGAAAAGGAGGAGACGAUCGUCGAUUUCAUGGUUCAGAUGGUUCCGGAAGGCGUCGCUCGAGAAACCAUUGUGAGCACGCUCAUGGAGGUCGGGUUCGACGACGAAAAGAUGGCGGCGACGAUCCAGUCUCUCUCGGGCGGUUGGCGCAUGAAGCUCGCCAUCGCGCGCGCAAUGCUGUGGAAUGCCGAUGUGCUCUUACUCGACGAGCCGACCAACCACUUGGACACGAGCGCCAUCGCGUGGCUCACGAAUUACCUGAAGAGCUUGAAGAACACGACCAUCUGCUUAGUAUCACACGAUUACGACUUCUUGGCCGACGUCCUCACGGACGUCAUUCAUCUCAGCGAAAAGACGCUGACGUAUUAUCCGAUGGGGUUCCGCGACUUCCAGGCGCUCAAGCCGGAGAUCGUCGCCGCUUUACCCUCGAACGAUAAUGCGAUCGCCAAGCAAGCGAACAUCGAGGGCGCCGCUGCGCCGACAGAGGCGAAGAAGGAAUCCGGUUUCGCCAUCGACCAGAUUGGCGAUGACCAGCCGUCGCACAUCAAACCGAUUCGAUUCCCCGAACCCGGUGACUUAGAAGGCGUCAAGUCUCGCGCUAAGGUGGUGAUGUACAUGAGCAAUGUAUCCUUUGGCUAUCCCGGUACGAGCAAAAAGAUUCUCAACGGAGCCACAGUGAAGAUCACGCAAAACUCCAGAGCGGCGCUCGUCGGCUUGAACGGCGCCGGCAAGACGACCCUCUUGAAAUUGCUGAUCGGUGAGUUGCAGACCGAUGAGGGUGUCGGAGAAGUGUGGCGACACCACAACUUGCGUUUGUCGUACAUUGCGCAGCACUCGAUGCAGCAUCUAGAGGAUUCUCUGGAAAAUACCCCGCUUGAGUAUCUGCAGAACCGCUUUUACCAAGGUCGAGACAAAGAAGUUUCAAAGCGCGCGUCCCACAACUUAUCCAAAGAAGAGCUUGCCGUGGCGCAGGAGCGUGGUAACAUUCUCGAUGUUGUCGGCAGACAGCAGCGCGGUAAGCACCUCUUCUACGAGGUUCGCCGAUCUGGACGAGACGAAAGCGACACGGAUUGGGAGAUGAUGAGUGCAUUGGAACGCAAAGAUCCGUAUGUGAUGAAAAUGGUGCGUAACUUUGACGAAAAGCUCAAAUCCAUGCAAUCCGGGAUGGAUCUCCGCCCGCUCACGAAGGAAGAGGUGCGCUUGCACCUCGAAAACUUUGGAAUCGACCAAGAUUUGGCCAUGGGCAAGAUAAAGCGCAUGUCCGGCGGGCAAAAGAGCCGGCUCGUGCUCGCAGCGGCGAUGUGGACGAAUCCUCACAUCAUCGCGCUCGACGAACCGACGAACUAUUUAGAUAAUGACACGUUAGCCGCGCUGACUAAGGCGCUAAUUGAUUUCAAGGGUGGUGUGAUCACCAUUUCGCACAACGAGCCGUUCGUGCACGCGGUGUGCGACGAGUUGUGGCGUGUUGGAGAUGGCGUCGUCGUCACCGAAGGUGUCCCGGGCAAGGCGCCGAAGAAGCUCUCCGUGGCUGAGAAGCGCGCAUUGAAAAUGGGCCUCGACGGCGCAGAAGCAACGAUGAAGGAGGCACAAAACAACAAGAAGUUGACCUCUAAGGAGAAAAAAGAAGCCGCGGCCAAGGCUAAGUCGGCCAAGGGACCGAUCAAAGACCUUUACGGGCGAGGCCUCUAG